AUGCCCGAUGCGGAACAUGUCCUGGACUUGGAUACCGCGAUUUCAAUGCUGAGGCGCGGAAUCUGCAAGCAGAGCUCUUCCGAGUUGAAGGGAUGGAAGCGGCGCGCGGAGGAUGCAGAGACGCAGGUCUCCUCGUUGCGCAUGCCGGAAGGCUUCGCUGCCAUCGAACAUGCGACACUGCGAACAGAACUCGCUGGCGCGCAAGCACGGCAGGAUGCUCUGCAGAACGAGGUGGAGGCAGAAAAAGAGAAGCGAAUUGCCGCGGAAGAUACGAAGAAGCACUUGCUCUCGCAGCAUGCGGCCCUGACGGAGGACAACGACAGGCUCAAAGAGAACUAG